CUGUCUCUAUUUCCGUAGAGGUCGAAUGCGUGUGCCAGUGAGAGCAGUUCGACGCUCGAAGAUAUUACAGCGGCUUAGACUCGAGCCGCACGGGGUCUGGUCUGCCUUGUCCCCGGCGUGCGACACCAAACCUGACAAUCACUCCACGCUGAAGUCGAUAAGGAACGGAGGUGCAGCUGCAGAUUUACGAUCGAACUUUUCGAACCUGGUACGACGAAACGAGUUCAUUCAGUAAAGUGUUCGAUACGGUGUUUGUGUGUUUCUUUCUGUGAAAAGUGAUAAGUUGCGUGACAAAAGAGGUUUGCAGUUUCGGUGGAAAAUGAUUUAGAAAUUUCCGAAGUUUCGAUAUUCGAGACACGGUGAAAUAGUAAUAGUACAAUUUGUGUAAUUGGUGAUAUAAUUUAUUCAAAAUGCAUUCCUCACGAGCAAGGCAUUCGUUGAUGAGGUACAGGAACGUGCUGCAAGUGUACAAGGUUUCCUCCAGAAAUUUUGGCACCGAUGUUCAGUACAAACCGAUCAGAAGCGUUCUCGUUGCUAAUCGAGGUGAAAUCGCCAUCCGUGUGUUCCGAGCAUGUACCGAACUGGGUAUCCGUUCGGUGGCCAUCUACUCCGAACAGGACAAGAUGCAAAUGCACAGACAAAAAGCCGACGAAGGUUACAUGGUCGGCAGAGGGCUUCCACCUGUUCAGGCCUACCUGAACAUUCCAGAAAUCAUCCAAGUGGCGAAAGAGAACGACGUAGAUGCUAUUCACCCAGGUUAUGGCUUCUUAUCCGAACGAUCGGAUUUCGCGGAGGCGGUGAUUAAUGCUGGGAUCAGAUUCAUCGGUCCUAGCCCCAAAGUUGUGCAACAGAUGGGAGAUAAGGUGGCCGCAAGAGAAGCUGCGAUACAAGCUGGAGUGCCGAUUGUUCCGGGGACAGAUGGACCAGUGACCACGUCAGACGAGGCGAUGGAGUUUUGUAUGAAACAUGGUCUUCCGGUCAUUUUUAAAGCUGCUUAUGGAGGCGGUGGAAGAGGAAUGAGGGUUGUGAGGCAAAUGGAAGAAGUGCGAGAGAUGUUCGACCGAGCGUCAUCGGAGGCAAAGGCUGCUUUCGGCAAUGGUGCGAUGUUCAUUGAGAAAUUCAUUGAAAGGCCAAGGCACAUUGAAGUCCAAUUGUUGGGAGAUAACGCUGGCAAUGUGGUUCAUCUUUACGAACGUGAUUGUUCUGUACAACGUCGUCAUCAGAAGGUCGUCGAGAUUGCUCCUGCGCCAUGUUUGGACACCAAAGUCAGAGACAAAAUGACGGAGCACGCUGUACGACUGGCUAAACACGUCGGAUACUCGAACGCUGGCACCGUCGAGUUCUUAGCCGACGAAGGUGGGAACUUUUACUUCAUCGAGGUCAACGCUAGACUUCAAGUCGAACAUACAGUAACGGAGGAAAUCACUGGAAUCGAUUUGGUGCAAUCGCAAAUCCGAAUUGCCGAGGGUAUGACGUUACCAGAGCUGGGUAUGACCCAGUCAAAGAUCGUUCCUCAAGGUUCCGCUAUUCAAUGUCGUGUGACCACGGAAGACCCCGCGAAGAGCUUCCAGCCGGAUACUGGAAGAAUCGAAGUGUUCCGUUCUGGAGAAGGUAUGGGUAUCCGGUUGGAUGGUGCGUCGGCGUUUGCUGGUGCGAUCAUUUCACCCUACUACGAUUCUCUUCUUGUUAAGGUGAUAGCUCAUUCAAGCGAUCUACAAUCCUCCUGCGCGAAGAUGAAUCGUGCUCUCCGCGAGUUUCGUGUUCGCGGUGUAAAAACCAAUAUUCCGUUCCUGUUGAACGUAUUGGAGAACCAAAAGUUCCUGAGCGGUAACGUGGAUACCUACUUCAUCGACGAGAACCCGCAGCUCUUCCAAUUCCAACCGAGCCGUAACCGCGCGCAGAAAUUGUUGAACUACCUCGGUUCCAUUUUGGUGAACGGUCCCAGUACUCCACUGGCAACGCCGUUGAAACCCGGCGACAUAAAACCACACAUUCCCCAGAUCGCGUUAGACUUUGCUAAGCUUGCAGCUGCUGAAGAGAACAAUGAUCCGGACCAACCAGACGUUCUGGAACCACCCAAGGGCUUCCGUCACAUCUACAAGGAGAAAGGACCUGAAGCUUUCGCCAAAGCCAUCAGACAGCACGACGGGUUGCUUCUGAUGGACACCACCUUCCGUGACGCACAUCAGUCUCUCCUCGCGACUCGCGUGAGGUCGCACGACCUUCUGAUGAUCUCACCCUUCGUUGCUCACAAGUUUAACAACCUGUAUUCUCUGGAGAAUUGGGGAGGCGCCACUUUCGAUGUCGCACUCAGGUUCCUUCACGAAUGUCCUUGGGAACGAUUGGAGGAUAUGAGGAAGGCGAUACCUAACAUUCCUUUCCAGAUGCUCCUCAGAGGCGCGAACGCUGUUGGGUACACUAAUUACCCAGAUAAUGUUGUCUACAAGUUCUGUGAACUGGCUGUGCAGACUGGAAUGGAUAUCUUCAGGGUGUUUGAUUCGUUGAAUUAUUUACCCAACUUAAUUCUUGGUAUGGAAGCAGCCGGCAAAGCAGGAGGUAUCGUAGAGGCAGCCAUUUCGUAUACCGGAGACGUAAGCGACCCAAACAGGCAGAAGUACGACCUGAAAUAUUACACGCAGCUGGCGGACGAGUUGGUGAAGGCUGGUACCCACGUUCUGGCGAUCAAAGAUAUGGCGGGUCUUUUGAAACCGAAAGCUGCCUCGAUGCUGAUCGAUGCUAUCAGGCAGAAACAUCCUGAUGUACCGUUGCAUAUCCACACUCACGAUACUGCGGGAGCUGGAGUCGCGUCUAUGUUGGCUUGCGCUGAGAGUGGAGCUGAUGUGGUUGACGUUGCUGUUGACAGCAUGUCUGGAAUGACUAGUCAGCCGUCUAUGGGGGCUAUAGUUGCCUCCCUUAUGGGAACCAAGAAAGACACCAAGAUUAAUUUGGACGACGUGUCAGAAUAUUCCGCAUACUGGGAACAAACGAGAACAUUGUACGCACCAUUCGAGUGCACAACCACCAUGAAGUCCGGAAAUGCUGAUGUGUACCUGAACGAAAUCCCUGGAGGACAGUACACGAAUCUGCAGUUCCAAGCUUACUCGUUGGGUCUGGGUGAGAUGUUCGAGGACGUCAAGAAGGCAUACAGAGAGGCUAAUUUGUUGCUCGGCGAUAUCAUCAAAGUUACACCGAGUUCCAAGGUCGUUGGUGAUCUGGCACAGUUUAUGGUUCAGAAUAAACUGACGUCUGAUGAUGUACUGAACAAGGCUGAGGAGUUGUCUUUUCCGAAAUCGGUUGUUGAGUUCCUACAGGGCGCCAUUGGAGAACCUUAUGGAGGAUUCCCGGAGCCGCUGAGAUCAAAGGUAUUGAAAGAUAUGCCCCGCGUGAAAGGCAGACCCGGAGCAACUUUACCUCCCUUAGACUUCAACGCACUAAAGACUCAAUUACUAGAAUCUCAUCCAAACGUCACAGACAAGGAUAUCAUGUCAGCAGCUCUCUAUCCAAGUGUCACGAACGAUUACUUGAACUUCAGAGAACAGUAUGGGCCAGUUGAUAAACUGGAGACAAGGAUCUUCUUAACUGGACCAAAGGUUGCAGAGGAAUUCGAUGUUACCAUCGAGAAGGGUAAAACUUUGGCUAUCAAAACUCUGGCGGUUGCUGAGGAUCUCACGAAAAAUGGCGAACGAGAGGUGUUCUUCGAAAUGAACGGACAACUCAGAUCUGUGUUCAUUAAGGACAAGGAGGCUGUUAAGGAGCUGCACGUGCACCCUAAAGCAGCGAAGGGAGACAAAAAUCAAAUUGGAGCACCCAUGCCUGGAACCGUGAUCGAUAUCAGAGUGAAAGUAGGCGACACAGUGGAUAAAGGAGCACCGUUGGUCGUGUUGUCCGCGAUGAAAAUGGAAAUGGUGGUCCAAGCACCUAGAGCAGGGAAAGUAAAGACACUGGAUGUCUCUCAGGGAAUGAGAUUAGAAGGAGACGAUCUAAUCUUAACAAUGGAAUAGAAUUUUUCGAUCAUUUGCAUCUAUGAAAUCACGUUGUCGCACAUUUUUCGAACAGGAGUGCAUUUUGUUUAAUUGCGUGCCAUUAAAUUUUAUUGAUUUAAUGGUGAAUUGGACUGUGGAUGUUUAUUAGAUGUAAAGUGUCACAAAUUAUUAAUUAAUUGUACAUUAGUUAUGUGAUAUAAAUAUAAUAAAUUAGUAACUGAUUAUAA